AUGAUAAAUUUAUCUUCAAUAUGGACUGAUGCACAAUUGCAUGUUUUGAUUGAUUAUAGAAAAGACAAUAACAAUGAAUAUCAUGAACUUGUUUGUAACCAGAAAGGUAUGUUCUGGAAAGGAAUAGCAAGCAAAAUUAAUAUUGAAUUUGGCACUAGUUAUACAGGCCAACAGUGUAAAGAAAAGUUUAAUGGACUAUUAAGAGAUUACAAG